AUGGCAACAGAUGUAGAUCAAAAAGUUAAUUCCAUACUGGAAAAUAUAAAAAAUGGUUCCAAUACCAACGAUGACAAAUGUUUACAAGUUGAAGAUAGUAAAGUUAAGAAACCUGUAAAUAAAACUAAAAAGAAGGCAAAUGAAAAUGAAAUACGAGGUGUACCAAAAUCAGGAAGAUUUUGGAAGUCUAAGAAAGAAAAAUUUUCCAAAAUAAUCAAAACAAAAGGGAUAAGACCGGAUUAUCAAAAGAAGGAAGCUUUACGAAUAGAACUAAAGAGGACUAAGGAUAUAUCACAUCAGAUAUUAGAGCAAAUUAAAGAAAAGGAAGAAGCAAGGAAGCAGAGACGGCGGGAAAACAUUAAACGUGCUGAGGAAAACAAAAGAAAAUCAGAAAUAGUCCAGGUCAUAACAAAUACUAAGAAACUGAAGAGAAUGAAGAAGAAACAACUGCGGUUUAUAGAAAAACGUGACAUUAAUGUUAACAAAGAGAACAAACAACAGAGUAGCGUAGAUAGUACAGUUGAAAAAUAA